AGCAACAUGACUUGUUGAUAAAAUUUAGCGGUAGAAGUAUAAUUUACCCUUCCGUCGUCCCUUGAACGAAAAUAUUUUCGAAUUAAAUUCCAUCCUCAGUUGAAUCAUGGAAUCAUCUUCUUAUGAGCUGAAUGCCGCCGUAUCAUCGUGGGAAUUUCUCAGUUUAUUCCUCUUUCGUCCCCUUCUUGCUGUCGUCUUCGUCUUCUCCUUGCUUCUAUUAGGUUGGUUUUUAGCUUGGAAAUUAGUGCUGGUUCAUGUACCUUUGGUCCAAGAAAUCUUUGGUUUGCGGAAGAAACCCGUCAAGCCGAAACCUGAAAAUCGACGGCGGUUGACUCAAUUCUACAACAACAUGGACUCACAAUCUUCUUCUUCCCAGUGACUGUAUAGGUAAGCCGUAAGCGUAAUGGUGUCGAUGAUUAGAAGCUGAAGUUUCUUGUGCUUUGGGGGAGUAUCAGGUGCCAAUCAGCACAUUUAUCUUCAGCUGAUCCUUGUUUUACAUUGAAAAGCUCUUAUAAUUUUCCACAUAUGUAAUGCUAUUUCAUUAAUGUAUAACAUAUUAGUUAGUGAUUGCAAGACCAAACAUUUUGCAAUGAAAUCAGAUAAUAAGGCAGAGCCAGGGGAUGAAGAAGAUUAUGGAGCGUUUGGCAGAUGACUGACACUAUUUUGAACUGCAUUUGGAGAGAAAAGUGUCCGUUAUUUCUUUAUUUAUUUUUACUUUUUUGUUAAGUUGAUAUGUUUCAAUUGUAAAUAUAUUGUGGCUUGGUGUAAGCGGUUGAUGAUUCUACUGGA